AUGGGGAAAGGCGACGAGAAGCCUUUGACGGAGAGAGCUCGACACCAGCUUGUGUGUGAUAUUGAGGCACACCUCUCAUUCCAGCCGCAGCAGAUCAUAUCGUUGCGGCCGGAGAUCUACAAAGGAAAGUACAAGCGAGCGGCGCAAAAUCGGAUCAACUAUUUGCUUGGUUUGAAAAACAAAAAGCCAACCAAAUACUAUCAGACUCUGGCCGCUGCCCAGACAUUCUUGUCUACGGCAGCACAAGCUCCUAUUACCGAAUCGGCUGAUUCUUCUGACAGCGAGGAGCUUCUUACGGUUGCAACCCCUCGUGAUUUGGACGAAUCAAGCAGUUCAAACGAGCGGGAGCUUCUGGAGCCAAUUGAUCAACAAUUUCGCCGUCGGAAAGCCGACGUUACUACACCGUCGAAAGCAAAGCCACCAAAGACACCGUCGAAAGCAAAGACACCGUCGAAAUCAAAGCCACCCCUCAAGUCAACACCUGCCAAGUCAACACCUGCCAAGGGAAGGGCACCUCCUCCACUCGAAACGAUCAACUUUGAAACGUCCAAGACACCCAACAAAGCGGCACGAAACCUACUUGCGUCUCCGUUGUCUACCAUGUCUGGCAUCACUACCCAUAGUGGUGAUCUCAAAACCGGCCUUAUUCGAUUCAAAGAUGUUGAUGAAGCGAUGGCGUACGCUGAUGACGUGAUUAAUGUCGAAUUUGAUUUACCGGAAGACAAUGCUCAUGGCCUUUUGUUUCAGAAGAUCGAUGAUGUGAAACUCACCCAGACUGAACUGGUUACGAAGCUUAAGAUCAUGAAUCCAAUGUUUAUGGAUUUGCGCGAUUUCAAGAACGUUUCUUGCUUCAUUAUUUGCCAAGGUGCUGCUUUGAUGAUUACUAUGAAUGUCUUGCCUUAUUAUGUUGUUCAAGAGCAUCGGGAAUUGCUUUCUCUGGAAGAGCGUCCUUGUGAGCAGACUGCCAACAAGACUGCAACUUUGAUGACGGCUAUUGCUGCGGACAAGUCGCGACUGUUGAAGCACAUUUUGGUGUUGAUGCCGGAAGGGCUCGGUCUUACUGCUGACUUCUCUGAGAAUAUCGGCCGUCAUGAUAUCAAAGUGCAUGCCAAAGUCCGCGAGAAGACAAGCACUUUCAUGGCUUCAGGGCGUCCCAUGACACAGCUCUUUUUCAAUUUGUAUUGGCAGGUCCGGAUUGUCAAAGCAGAGCGCCAGCUCAUGGAAGCCCUUCCUGAUGAUGACCUUGGGCUUGAGGCAGCAUUCUCAGGUAUGGCAGGGUUGAAGGAAUGA